AUGGCUCCCACCGUGCUGCAUCUCCGCAGCGAGACCAAGCCCCUCGAACACAGAUCAGCCCUGACACCAACCACAACUGCCGCCCUGAUCAAGGCCGGCUAUACUGUCAACGUUGAGCGCUCGCCCGUGAGGAUAUUCGACGAUGCUGAGUUUGAGGCUGCCGGUGCUACCUUGGUGCCCGAGUACAGCUGGGUUGAUGCCCCCAAGGAACACAUCAUCAUCGGUUUGAAGGAGCUGGAGGAGAAGGAAUUCCCUCUCAAGCAUGUUCAUGUUCAGUUUGCCCACUGCUACAAGCAGCAGGGUGGUUGGGAGACUGUCCUGGCCAGGUUUCCUAGGGGCGGCGGUACCUUGCUUGACCUGGAAUUUCUGGUCGAUGAGAAUGGCCGUCGUGUUGCUGCUUUCGGCUAUCACGCUGGUUUCGCUGGUGCUGCUCUUGCUCUUGAAGUGUGGUCAUGGCAAUUGAACCACAGCGAGCCCUUCCCAGGGGUCGAGAGCUAUCCCAACGAAGAUGCACUUGUCUCGAACGUCAAGAAGGCGCUGGCCUCGGGUAUCGAGAAGGCAGGACGCUCGCCUCGUGUCAUUGUCAUCGGUGCCCUCGGCCGUUGCGGAUCGGGUGCCGUUGAGGCUCUGCGCAAGGCCGGCGUUCCUGAGGAGAACAUUCUUAAGUGGGAUAUGGCCGAGACCGCGGGUGGCGGGCCGUUUAAGGAGAUUACCGACAGUGACAUUUUCGUCAACUGCAUCUACCUGACCAAGAAGAUUCCCAACUUCGUCAACCUCGAGUCCCUCCAGGUCCCGGACCGCAAGCUUUCCGUCGUGUGCGACGUCUCAGCCGCCUCGCAGGAUACCACCUCCCCCUUCACCCCCGUCCCCAUCUACACCGUCGCCACGACCUUCGACGAGCCGACGGUCGCCGUCGAGGGCCUACAGAGCGGCCCGGCGCUGUCGGUCAUCUCGAUCGACCACCUGCCGUCGCUGCUCCCGCGCGAGGCAUCCGAGGCCUUCAGCCAGGAUCUCCUCCCGUCGCUCCUUGCCCUCAACGACUGGCAAAACACGCCCGUUUGGUCCCGGGCUGACAAGCUCUUCAAGGAGAAGGUCGCGACCCUGCCGGCUAGCGCACUCGAGAAGUGA